CCGCCGCAGCAAGGGGGCGGGCCGAACGCCGGGCUCCAUGUGGGCGCCGGCGCGGAGAGUGUGCAGCGCGGAGUCGCAAUGGCGGAGAUGCAGCAGCUGCGGGUACAGGAGGCAGUGGACUCCAUGGUGAAGAGUCUGGAGAGAGAGAAUAUCAGGAAGAUGCAGGGCCUCAUGUUCCGGUGCAGUGCCAGCUGUUGUGAGGACAGCCAGGCGUCCAUGCAGCAGGUGCACCAGUGCAUUGAACGCUGCCAUGCGCCUCUGGCUCAAGCCCAGGCCCUGGUGACCAGUGAGCUGGAGAAGUUCCAGGACCGCCUUGCCCGAUGCACCAUGCAUUGCAAUGACAAAGCCAAAGAUUCAAUAGAUGCAGGAAGUAAAGAGCUUCAGGUGAAGCGGCAGCUGGAGAGUUGUGUGACCAAGUGUGUGGAUGACCACAUGCACCUCAUCCCGACCAUGACCAAGAAGAUGAAGGAGUCUCUCUUGUCCAUUGGGAAAUAGAGGUCUUCACAAUUGGCCAUCAGAGCUCAUGGCAGGAAUCCAUUUGAGAAGAAAUGGGAGUUUGGGUCUUUUAAAUGAAGUUUAUGAAGAAAUUAACAAUGGCAGCAAGUUUGAGGCCCAUGUCACUUGCCUCUGGACACUGGUUCCUUUAUGUUUCGAACCUAAAAAAGUGAAAUGGAAAAAACUGGUGCUAAAAUUUGAAAAAAACUGGUCAGAGAUGGCACAGGAGAGUUUUUGAUAGCCUAAAUUUCACAUGCUUGUCCUGGCACUAGGGAUCUCCCUUGAACCAAGCCAGAGCUGACCUCCAAGAUACCAGAUUCUUCUCAGUACACAGGUAACAACAGGCUGGCAGAUUCCUAAUCUGCCUAUGAUCUGGUGGUGUGAGCAAAGAUGUUUCUGUUUGUUGCCAACUUCCUAUUUACCAGAAGGAUCACCAAAUCAUUUUUCUAUAAGCUGUAAAACAAAAUCCACAAUGUCACUAAUUUAGAAGGGAGAAAAGGUUUCUGGGUCUUUGUUUUGCUUGGUUUUAUUUUAUAUAUAAGGGCAUGAAGUUGAUUUAAGAUGUGGAGUUGGGAGGGGUAGUUGAGUUAAGAACUUGGAACAGUUCUUGUGGAUAUCUGUUUCUGGCCAUCAAGAUAUGGAUAUGCUUUUCUUGAAAUAUCCAUUACAUCUUCCAGCUAGGUAGGAGACCCUGUAAAAACAUGACAGGCGAUGUUACACUGGGUAUGGGAAGCAGAUCUUCCCUCUCACUGGCUGCUGUGAUGGGCCCUGAGGCUGUCUGCUAGAGUACAACAGGACAAUCUCGCAGUGACACUCUUCCUUGAAAGGGGGUUUUGAUUGCACUAUAUACAAGUAUCCAGGAAUGAACACUGAAGGAGGAACUGUUGUCUUCUUAAUUUCAAGUUAUUAGAUACUGGAUUUGGAAAAACCUGGUUUUUAUAGAACAGAAUGGAAUGAAAGCCUAAACUCAGUAUUGCUUAUUUUGCCCCCUCAAAUAAUAUGGCCAUAUUGGGACAAUCCCUUGGCAACCAGAAGGUCAAAGCAGAACAAGUAGGUGAAUCGGGUGAGCUGUGAUUCCUUUAAAGGAAAAGAGGGAAAGCCCCCCUCCAUUACCAAACACCACUUUUGCCUAGGGCCUUUGCAGCAAGCAGUGUUCUGCCCCAGCUCUAGCACCUUUUCAUUUUGAUAAGGACCUUAUUGUCUUUUUACCAACUUAUUACUUGAAAUGAUAAUAUAGCCUGUGUUUGGUGUUUCAAGGCUGUGAUAUAUUUUCCUAGUGGUUCAGUUUUAAAAAAUAAAUAAGGUUUAGUUUUUCCUCCACUA